AUGAGUGAAAAAAGAAGUAAAAGCACUUUACAUUCAUAUUUCCAAAAAAAAGUAAAAUUAAAUGACAAUCAUCAGUCUCAUCAGUCAUCAGUCAAAUCUACAGAAUCCUGGGAAACAAAAUCAUCAAAUGAUUUAUUGACGAUUAGUGAUCAUCAUAGCCAAGUCGAACAGGUUUGGCCACCAGAAUGGAGUGAGGGAAAUUGGAGAGAAAAAGUAGCAAAAUAUCCAUGGCUGGUAUCUCGUAAUAGAAAACUUGGGUGCAGAGUUUGUAAGGAGUUUGCUGAUUUUAAUUCAUUUAAAAGUUAUAACAUUGUUCUUGCUAAAGAGUGGAUUUCUUCUCAAGUUGAUGGUGGUGAAAACUUAAAAAAAGAAACAAGGCUUGCUCUAUUACGAAAUAAAAUUAAAAAACACAACUCCUCCGAAGCACACAAAACUGCCUUUAAUGUUUCAAUGGAAAAAAGUUCUGAUAGACUUUCUAAUCUUUUUGAAGAAACUUCAUAUAAAAUAGACAAAACAACGCAUUUAAUUUUUCGCACAGCUUAUUAUAUUGCGAAAAACAAUCGUCCUUUUGAUGAUCAUUAUAAACUUUUAGAACUCCAAAAAAUCAAUGGACUACAAAUCGGUAAUACACUACAUUCAAGAUUUUCCUGUACCAAUAUAAUCGAUAACAUAUCAUUAAAAAUGAAGCAAAAAAUUAUCUCUAAUAUAAUAGAAACUGGAGCAAAAUUAUCUGUAUUAAUUGACGAAUCCACAACUAUUAGCACAUUGUGUGGAAUGGUUGUGUAUAUAAGAGCAGCAAUAUCUUGUAAUGAUCCAAUUUUUAUAUUUUUAGAUUUGAUUGAACUCACAAAUCAAUCAGCUGAAAAUAUUGUAAAUCAAUUAGUUACUUGUUUACAUGAUAAUGGACUUGAUGAUAGCUAUUUGAAAGAAAAAUGGGUGUCAUUUGUAAGUGACGGUGCCAGUGUACUACUAGGAAAAAAAAACGGUGUGGCUAAACGUUUAAAAGAUAUUUACCCACUUAUUUUUAGUUGGCAUUGUUUAAAUCACAGAUUAGAACUAGCAGUGAACGAUUCAAUAAAAGAUGUGGGAGCCACUAAUCAUUUUAAAUCAUUUAUAGAUGGACUUUACGUGUUGUAUAACGCAUCACCCAAAAACCAAAAAGAGCUAAAAGAUAACUGUAAUGAUUUAGAUGUAUUAUUUUUGAAAGUGGGACGCGUUCUAGAUGUUCGUUGGGUAGCCAGCAGUUGGAAAGCUGUCAAUGUUGUUUGGAAAAUGUUCCCGGCUUUAUGUAAACAUUUUUCUGAGGCAUCAGAAGAUACUCAAAGAGACUCUAAAGCAAGAAGAAAGUAUCAUGGCUUAAAAUCAAGAUUAGUUAGUCCAGAAUUUGUAACCGACUUAGCUCUAAUGUGUGACUGUCUUCAAGAAUUAACCAUUUUGUCAAAACAGCUACAAGAUCGUUCCACAACACUCAUUAAUAGUCAAAAACAUAUCAAUAGAACAAUUAGAGUAUUAGAUUCUUUUAAAAAUGUACCAGGAGAACAUAUGUCUGAAGUUUUAAAAAUUGAAGAUACUAUGAAGUUCAAAAAUAUUCAGCUGGUCACUAAUACAAAAAUUAUUAGAAUUAAUCAAAGUCAAUUUCUUACUAGUCUAAUUAACAACUUAAAAUCAAGAUUGCUUGAAAAUGAACAAGAUGAUAUGAUUAUUCAAGAUAUGCAAAUAAUGGAUAUAACCAACUGGCCAGAAAAUAUUGACAUACGAUUUGGAGAAACCGAUGUUAAACGUUUAUGUAAACGCUUUAUGCUUAACCAGGAAAAUGCAAUAAAUGGAAUCAGGCAACUAAUUCAUGAUCCAAAAGUUUUACCGAAAGACAUUAUGCCAGAAUUUGAUAAUUUUUAUGAAACAUUUCCUGUUUCAACAGCGGAAUGUGAAAGAGGGUUCAGCUUAAUGAACAACAUAUGUACUAAACUAAGAGCAAGGCUUACCAUGAAGAAUAUUUCCAAUUUAAUGUUUGUUAAUAUUAAUGGUCCUCCAUUAGAAAAAUGGGACCCCAAAGACUAUGUGAAAUCAUGGAUGGUUAAUCAUAGAUCUGCAGAAGAUACUAGAACCAAAUUAUGUAGACCAGCUAUAAUUGCAAAUAGUGAAAACAAAUCAAACCUUUGGAAAAUACUUUAA